GCCGCGGCUUCACUCCGGUGUCUCGGCCGUCCGUCGCCUGCGACGAGGACAGACACAAUGGUUCUCCUCGGCGAGGAUCCGUCGGUAUGCGCGGCGCGCGCGAGAUGAACCCAGAUGCGCCGCCGGGGGGACCCGGACGCGGAGCCAACUGAGGGGACUGUGGCCCGAGAUCGUCGCCGGACCAUGGGGCCGCGGGCGCUGCUGCUGCUCGGACUGCUGUGGCCCCGCUCCGCUCCGCUCUGUGCAGCAGGCUGCAGUGAGCAGGCGGAGGUGCAUACGGAGCGGAGGGGUGUGAUCUACAGCCCGUCCUGGCCUCUGAACUACCCCGCUGGGGUCAACUGCAGCUGGCAUAUCCAGGGAGGGCAGGGCGAGGUCAUUACCCUCAGUUUCCGCAACUUUGACCUGGCGGAGUCGGCAAGCUGCUCGGGAGACUGGCUCCUGCUGACCCCCAUGUGGAGUGGUGACUCCAGGCUGUGCGGCUCCACGCUGCCCUCGCCCGUCAUCUCCACCAGGGGGCGUGUGUGGCUCUACUUCCACUCGCGGGCCAACAGCUCCGGCCAAGCCCAGGGCUUCCGCCUCUCUUACAUCCGAGGUCACCUGGGUCAGAGCAGCUGCCAGCCGGACGAAUUCCUGUGCGGGAACGGGAAGUGUCUCCCUCGCUCCUGGAAGUGCAACGGUCAAGAUGAAUGCGGCGACGCCACUGACGAACGCAGCUGCGCCCCCCCUCCCACCGACGCUCAGCCUGGCCUCUGCCCCGCCGGCUCCCUGCCGUGCACCCAGGUCCAGUCCACGCGGUGUCUGCCCGCCUCCCUGCGCUGCAACGGGGCGCGGGACUGCCCCGACGGAAGCGACGAGCUGGGCUGCCCCGACACCGCCUGUGGCAAACGUCUGGGCAACUUCUACGGCUCAUUCGCUUCCCCGGACUUCUUCCGGCCUAAUCGCAGCGCCGCGAGCGAGCUGAGGUGCGCCUGGCUGCUGGACACCCAGGACACCAAGCCCAUCGUGCUGCAGCUGGACCUGCAGCUCGGGCCCAGGGAUUCACUGCAUGUCUACGACGGCCUGGUGCAGCAGGCGGAGCAUCUCCUGCAGGUGCUGUCGCAUCACAACAACAGGCGCCUGGCGCUGCUGGAGUCGAGCCGCGGACAGAUGAGUGUGUUGUACACGGCCCAGCCUCACAGCCCUGGACAUGGCUUCAACGCCACAUACCAGGUCAAAGGCUACUGUUUCCCCGGCGAGCAUCCCUGCGGCAGCGACCAGGGCUGCUACUCCGAACGCCAGCGCUGCGACGGCUACUGGCACUGCCCGUCGGGCCGCGACGAGGAGGCCUGCCCGGCGUGCCCGGACGGGCAGUUCCCCUGCGAGGGCGGCGCGGGCGCGUGCUACCCGGCCUCGGAGCGCUGCAACAACCAGAAGAGGUGUCCCGACGGGUCGGAUGAGAAGAACUGCUACGACUGCCAGCCCGGAAACUUCCACUGCGGGACCAACCUCUGCAUCUUCGAGACGUGGCGGUGCGACGGCCAGGAGGACUGCCUGGACGGGAGCGACGAGCGGGACUGCCUGGCCGCGGUGCCCCGCAAAGUCAUCACCGCCGCGCUGAUCGGCAGCCUGGUCUGUAGUCUGCUGCUGGUCAUCGCCCUCGGCUGCGCCCUCAAACUCCACUCACUCCGGAGCAGAGAGUACAGAGCUUUUGAGACUCAGAUGACUCGCAUGGAGGCCGAGUUUGUUCAGAGGGAGGCCCCCCCCUCCUACGGUCAGCUGAUCGCCCAGGGUCUCAUCCCUCCGGUGGAGGAUUUCCCGGUGUACAACCCCACCCAGGCCUCCAUGUUACAGAACCUGCGCUUGGCGAUGCACAGACAGAUCAGGCGUCACUCGUCGCGGCGCUCCUCUUCUUCCGGCGCGCGGCGGCGUCUCGCCCAUCUGUGGAGUCGCCUGUUUCGCCGUGGGGGGAGGCCCAGGGGCCACGCCCCACUGCUGGAUCCCCCCGGACCCACACAGAUCAUACUGGGGCUCCACAGCUACCGAACUGCGGGCGAGCAGGGGCCUCGGGGCAGGGCCAGGGCCAGGCAUCCGCUCGGGGAGGAGGCUGAGGCGGCGGGUAUGCCGGGCUGCGGCUGCUCCGCCGCCAUGGACCUGCAGCCCUGCACGCCGGAGAGCCCCGCCUCUCCCCUCUCCUCGCAGUCAGUGGACAGUGCCGAGGACGAGGAGCCAUCACCUGUCAGCGGGGAAGGAGCCUGGACUUCACAGUCUGCGCCUCCUACAGCUGGUCAGAGUGACUCCUCAGCCCGCUGCAGACAGCCCUACUCCCCACAGGAAGCCUCCGUGCCCCUUUGCCCCGCCCGGGCAUCUAGGAAACUGGUUCUGGAGCUUGCAGUUAACCUUAAAGGAGUUUCCUUGAGACGCUACUCCCCUCUGGGGCCCUUAUCCCCCGUCUCACCCCCCGUCUUUCCCAGCAGCCCCCAGACACCGACAACCCAAUCUCGCCGACAGGGUCCCGAGGCGACUUCACCGACCGGGCCCUGGUCUUCUUCCGUGAAAGCAGAGGACAGUGACAGCCACUGUGCCGUGGAGGAGCCGACGUGGGACAGAAGAAGCAGGGGCGAGAGGAGGACGGAGGGCAAGAGCAGACUCUGCAGGUUCAGCAGGACCUUCAGUGAUGAAGGAGGAGACUCAGGGAAGGAGACGACGCCAUCUUGAAAAGUUGAGGAAGAGACCCUCCGACGCCUCGCUCUGUUGAGACCUCGUGUGUCGAUUAUAUCUGCUGCGUUCCGCUAAAGUGUCCUUGAAACGUGUCCCCGCUAGAUCCAGAGUUCAGACCCAUACCACGUCCAGACACGUGGCGGAGGUACAGUAUCACACCCGAUGAACUACAGUGAACUCAUUUUCCAUUCUACACUUUAAACGCUUGAAAAUUGACAAAAAACAUUACGCACACGCAGCCUUUUCCUGAGAUUAGUUGAACUCACUGUUUAGGGUCCGUAUUGUAAAUCUCAUUACGCAGGGCUCAAUUGAAUUCAGGCAACACACUUCCCUGUUUGAUCUAUUAGGACAUAAACUUACUGUGAGCCUGUCGCGGAUAAUCACCGAUACAAUGUUGGCUACAUGUUCGCCAUAGCGGCCUUCGUGUCGUUGCCCAGAGCCGUUACGCACCGCUAUAAACUGUGAACCAUACAAGCCUAUUGAGUGAACACCUCUAAUCCGACCCAUCCCCACUUUUGGCGUUGUGACUAUUACUGUAUGGCACUUCCAGACUCGUCAUGGAUGGCUGUCACGUUGACCAGCGAAGAUGGCAAUAUUUUAUAAUUUUUGUUAUCGUCAACAAAUCGUGUGGAAAAAAGAGCAAAACCGACAAUGCGUUCCUCCAUCUAUCAGUGCUUUUAAACUUCACCCGACCGUGUAUAAAAAAUGCAUUUUUUUUUAAAGGGCUUGAUGAUUUUCUACAGCUACAGGCAAGGGUAGUUUUCAAGAAACAAAACCCCCAAAAAAUCAUCUUAUUGAUUGAUUGUUUUUAAUAGUUUUUGGACAAGUGUGGAGUUACCGAAACUGUUGGAAGUUGGAAAAAUUGAGUUCUGUGGGCACCGUGGAACAAGCUCCAUCAUGCUACACAAACAGCAGCUGUUGGGGGGAUUAAUGAAUAGUUCGUUUGAGUCUUUACAUUGGGAUUUGUUGACGAUAAAAGGAAUAUAUAGAAUAUCACCGGACUCACUUUGAACCACUCAAAAGCAAAUGUUUGACAUUUUCGGAAGUAGUAAUUUCCAGCGGCGAGUUGGGCGUAUCUUUUCAUAGGAUAAAUGGCUCCACCUAGCCGUUUAGCUUAGCACAAGGGGUGCAGUCGAAUUGUCAAAUUUGCUCAGGAAGUUUCCUUAAUCUUGACGUGACCCGGAAGUAUUUGAUCGGCAGCCGUGAUCAGAGCUGUGCGGAUUCUCUAAGUGCAUAGGAAAGGAGCUUCAAUGCUUCCUCUCCUAUCUCCUUUAACAUUGGGCACAGGUUGCGGUCGAAAUGUCCUUCCAAUCUACCAUUCCUUGACCUCAGUGGAAAACGUCAUGAGGUCAAGGAAAGGUGUAAACGAGGACUGAUGGGAAUUAGGAAAAGUCGACAGCCCUGCUCAGAGAAUCCGACUCCACUUUCACUACAAAAAUACAAAAGACGCAGCGGCUCCAUCAGCAUUUUUCAGUGUGUUUUACCAGUGUGUGACAUCAGAUAUUAUGAUUCAUAUGUAACAGU